AUGUGGAUGACCUGGGGCAGAGCUGUCAGACUCCUCCGCGGCCAGCGUCAGCUCUGGCGGUCCCUGUGCCUGGACAGAGGGGACACAUCUCCGGGUAAACCCCCCUGGAAAGUGCUGUUCUUUGGGUCGGACCAGUUUGCAGUAGAAUCACUCAAAGUGCUGUCGACCAGUAGAAAGUGUGACGACUCGGUGGUGCAGUGUCUGGAGGUGGUGACACUCCCGGGGGACGUCCCGGUGAAACGCUUCGCCCUGCAGGACUCUCUCCCGCUGCACCCCUGGCCACCGGACAUCAGUCCAGGGCAGUUUGAUGUGGGCGUGGUUGUGUCCUUUGGGUGUUUACUUCCACCAAAGAUCAUCAACAAGUUUCCAUUUGGGAUCCUGAACGUGCACCCCAGCCUGCUCCCCCGCUGGAGAGGCCCCGCCCCCAUCUUCCACACCGUCCUGCAGGGGGACCAGCUCACAGGGGUCACAGUUAUGCAGAUCCGCCCACACAGGUUUGACGUGGGCCCCAUCCUCAGCCAGGAGUCGUAUCAAAUCCAAACACAGGUCACAGCGGACGAGCUCGGAGAUAUUCUUGCUGUGAAAGGAGCACAGAUGCUUUUAGACACUCUCAAGAACCUGUGUGAAAAACUCCGCAACAAGAAGGAGCAGAGUACGACGGGUGCCACAUUUGCUCCAAAGAUCAGCACGUCCCUGAGCUGGCUGGUGUGGGAGGAGCAGACCACCCUCCAAAUCGACUGCCUCUCCCGCGCCAUCGGAUCUCGAAUCCCGCUGCGAACCCUGUGGAUGGGGAGGACACUUAAACUCCUAGAUUACGUGGGGAAAUGUCACAGUGUGGUCCCAGAUGGAAGUGCAACGUUAGUUCCUGGGUCUGUGUUUUAUCUGAGAGAAUCCAAUAUCCUCAGUGUUCGCUGUAAGGACGGCUGGGUUGGAUUCCGUUCGGUGCUGCUGAAGAAGCGUCUCACGGCUGCAGACUUUUAUAACGGUUACCUGCACCAGAACCUCAAGUCCUGCUCUGGUCCAUCUGCUCACGCUGUGUUCGUCAGUGGAAGAACUGGACAAGCAAACCACAACAAUCAUUUACACAAAGCAAAUCUCCCAACCACGUAA